UUUAUAUUAUAAAACCCCAUUCCAAUUCCCAAAAAUUUAAUCUUCCUAAGUUGUUGUGCAUUGAAGAGGAAGACAUCUGAAGCAAAAAAAGAAUUUUAGUAACCAAAAAAACAAACAAAACAAAACAAAAACCCCAAAUCCCUCCCUCCUUAACUUGCAAUACCCCCUAUCACCAACAACAACAACACCCUUCACACAAGUCAUUAUUGAAGAAACAAAAGAAAGAAUGCUUCCUAUGAGCUGCAUUCUUUUAAUGUGUCUCUUCAUUUCUUUUUCAUCCCAAAUCAAAGCUCAUAAAACUACUUUCUCCAAUCUCACCUUACCCCACCAACAUCCUUACCCUGAAUCUGUCGUUCAACAACUUCAACAGAAAAUCAAUGCGUCACUUUCGAGAAGAGAACUACUCUCAAAGAACCAAGGUUCUUGUUUAACGGGAAAUCCAGUGGACGAUUGUUGGCGGUGCGACACAAACUGGGCGGCAAACCGUCAGAAACUAGCAGAUUGCGGAAUCGGAUUCGGACGCGCCGCCAUGGGAGGUAAAAACGGUCAGAUCUACAUCGUAACAGAUUCCUCCGACAACGACCCAGCGAAUCCCGUUCCGGGAACACUCCGUCACGCCGUAAUCCAAGACGAACCACUGUGGAUCGUAUUCGCCGCCGACAUGACAAUAAACCUCCGUCACGAACUAAUUUUCAACAGUUACAAAACCGUGGACGGACGUGGAGCAAACGUUCAAAUCACCGGGCACGGCUGCAUAACACUUCAAUACAUCUCAAAUAUCAUAAUUCACAAUAUCCACGUUCAUCAUUGUAAACCCUCGGGAAAUACUAACAUACGUGCGAGUCCAACGCAUGUAGGGUGGAGAGGCGUAUCGGACGGUGAUGGAAUAUCAAUAUUUGGUUCGCGUAACAUAUGGAUCGACCAUUGCUCUUUAUCUUAUUGUACAGACGGUUUGAUUGAUGCUAUAAUGGGGUCCACAGCUAUAACAAUUUCUAACAACCAUUUUGGUCAUCAUGAUGAAGUUAUGUUACUUGGUCAUAAUGAUAAGUAUUUGCCUGAUAGAGGAAUGCAAGUUACUAUUGCGUUUAAUCACUUUGGUGAAGGACUUGUUCAGCGUAUGCCGCGUUGUAGAUUGGGUUAUAUUCAUGUUGUUAAUAAUGAUUUUACGCAGUGGGAAAUGUAUGCUAUCGGUGGUAGUGCUAACCCUACUAUUAACAGUCAGGGUAACCGUUACACCGCUCCCUCCGACCCAAACGCCAAAGAGGUGACGAAGCGCGUGGAGACAGACGAUAAAGAAUGGAGUGGUUGGAAUUGGAGGACGGAUGGGGAUAUAAUGGUAAAUGGAGCAUUCUUUGUGCCUUCAGGAGCGGGGCUAAGUGCGCAGUACGCACAGGCUUCUAGUGUGCAACCCAAAUCCGUCGUGCAAAUCGACCAGCUCACUAUGUACUCCGGUGUCUUCGGCGAUCCCAGGGAUAAUGGUGAUAUAUAUCCCGGUUUCAACGGUGGUGGGACCACAACUGGAGGCACCAACAUGAACAAAGGCUACAAUGGGGGGUCCAGUAGUGACGAUGGAGACUUGUUUGGGAUGAUAUUCAAAGGUAGCAGCAGCCAAGCACCACCCUACUCAAAAUCAAAUGUAUUUGUUUCAACUUUUUUGUCUCUUUUAAUUAUUUUCAUUUUGGACACUAUCACCAACUAUGAUAUUCUAUUAUCAUUACUAUGAUCUCUCACAAUUGGGGUGGGAAAACAAUCCCUUUGAUACCAAAGAAAAAAUUAUCAAAGGGAAAAGAAAGGUCAAGGUUACGAUUAUUUGUUUUAUAGUUUAGAAAUUAGAAAUCAUAUUUCGUUAUGCACAGCUCUUAGAAACGCAAACAUAGUUUCAUUUCAAACUUUUAUAUGAAACCUAUAUAGAACACGGUGCAAUGUGAUUGGCCAUAGCCUCAAA